UUGACAAGCGCACGUUUCUCAAAACAAAACAUUUCAUUGCUGUCGAGGAUUAGUAUAAAAUCAAGAUGUCCUCGUGGAAGAAGGCGUCGAAGAGCAACCAGAAGGUGCACAGGGAGCGCCACCAGCCGGAGGCGCGCCAGCACCUGGGAUUCCUGGAGAAGAAGAAGGACUACAAGAAGCGAGCCAUCGACACACAGAAAAAGCAGAAGACCCUGAAGUUAUUGUACCGCCGGGCGCAGAACAAGAAUCCCGAUGAGUUCUACCACCACAUGAUCAACUCCAAGCUGUCGAACGAUGAGCACCACGAGCAGGACAAGAAGGACGAGCACACGCCCGAGCAGCUGGCCCUCAUGCAGACGCAGGACCUCAAGUACGUGGUCAUGAAGCGCACCAUGGAGCGCAAGAAGAUCGACCGCCUGAAGGCCACGCUGGUGGACGUGGACGGCACUGGGGGAGCAGGCAACAAGCGGAUCACCUUCGACGACGAGGGACGCGCGGAGUGGAUCCUGGGCGAGCGGCUCCAGGAAGAGGAGGAGAAAUCGCAAGCACCUUUAAACGCCACCAAACAGCAGCGCAUCAACGAGCUCAAGAAACGCGAGCAUCGUGAAAGGGAACUCAGCAUCGUGCAGCAGAAGAUUCAGCUGAAGAACGCUCUCAAGCAGCCACGUCUUCUGAAGCCGAGGAAAAUUGCGGCCGGAACCAAGGACAGUGCGCCCGUCUACAAAUUCCGCUACGAACGCAAGAAAUAGGAUGUGUCCUCUUUUAGUUCUUUAUAUUAAUAAAGCCAUUAAGUGUUAGUUGAAGACGUUAACAAAAUUAAAA